UGAGGUUUAUUGAGUAACAUUUCUUGGAAAAGACAUCCCAUAUGUCAUGAAGUUAUUUUCCACUUCUAGUCGAGAGGAGAUAGUUAGUGCAUUUCUUUGCUGAUAUCAUGAAAUAGCUUCAUAUAUUUCUGAAAAAAAAUAUAUACUCAAUAGCAGUACGUAGAUGUAAUAAAAUAACAUGGUACUACGUGUAUUCUCUGACACACUCACGUACACUCAACACACAUUAAGAGAGAACACAUGCAUAGAGAAAUUGCUAGCUUUCUUAAGCCCAUUUUUGUUCAACCUCAAAAAAAAAAAAAAAAAAAAAAAAAAAAAAAAGAUUAACAAUAAAAAGAUCAUAGCAUAGAAGGGCAAAUCUCUAGAAAGUAACUUGAUUCUUCUCUCUCCGAAAACCCUAUUUAAAGACAAGCUAAGCACUCUCCUUUCUUCCAUGCAAUUGUCUUCACCACUAGUGUUUUUGUGCACUAAUUACUUUUCUCCCUCUUCAAAGCACCACUUUAAUUUCACACUCUCCAUAGCAACACACUUCUCAUUUGUCCAUUAUAUAUAAUUUUGUCUCUAAUUUAUUAGUUCAUCUACAAACAUAUAAUAAAAGUAUUUGAAAAGAUGUCUAGCAGAAGGUCAAGAUCAUCAAGACAUUCAGGAGGAUCAAGGAUAAGUGAGGACCAAAUCAAUGAUCUUGUUUCAAAGUUGCAACAACUUCUUCCUGAACUCACGAAUAGGUCGUCCGACAAGGUUUCAGCUGCUAGGGUGUUGCAAGAUACAUGCAAUUACAUAAGAAGCCUGCAUAGAGAAGUUGAUGAUCUGAGUGACAGAUUAUCUGAACUAUUGGAAACAUCAGACACUACUCAAGCAGCUCUAAUUAGAAGCCUACUUAUGCAAUAGUUUCUCAUGUUGUAUUUUUUUUUUUUUUUUUAAUUUCUUUUCCCACUUGCUUCAGCAGUUACCAUUUUGUUUCUUGGGUUAAUUUUCCUCAAUUAGAAUUUCCAUUUAAUUAUUGACUGCUAGAAAAGAGAAUUUUCACGAUGUUUUUUUUUUUUGAACUCACCUUUAAAGCUUCAUGGGCUCUAGCUAAGCCCUACAAUGUUUAUUUCUCUGUCGUUAGAAAAUAUAUUUUGCACUCGUUUAGCAGCAUUCGUCGUCUGAAUAUUGGAACA